CGGUCGUAUCAAAACGUUCCCAGCCAGGACUCGAGACGGUCAGAAGCUUCUUGGACAGCGAAGACUACGGUUGGUUGUUGUGCGAGACAUUUAAGGAUAAUAUCUUUCAACUGAAAGGAGAAGAAAACUGCGGUACAUAGUUUUUGCUGAUUUUAAGGAAUUGCUGGAGAAAAUAAACUGUUGAACACACAGACGGAUGCUGAAAGUGAUGGUUGCGUAAAAGGACACGCAGUGGAAAAAAGGACGAUAUUUUUGGGUUUCGUGAAGGAUUUCCAAGAAGUGUGUGAACUUUUAGAGAAGAAUUUGUGGGUUCCGUAUUGCGCUGACUGGUGUGGGAAUUUUUUUUGAACUGAUCUCUAUCGGAUAUCAAAAGUGUCAAUAGAAUAACGGUACAACCUAUAUAUAACGAACAUUGUAGCGGUAUUGUACGCAGUAACGGGAGUUUAGAAACAAUGGCGCAAAGUAUGGAUCUAGUGUGCAAGGAGAUAAUUUACGACGAAGUGGACAAUCAGUUUGCCGAACCGGACCCGACCAUGGUCGCGGACGUUCGGGUCAUUCAGAACUUGAUCAGUCUGGAGCGGCUGACGAUUCCGCCCUGCAACUACUUCGGCUCGGUUCAGCGGGAUAUCAAGCCGAACAUGCGCAAGAUCGUCACAACUUGGAUGCUGGAGGUAUGCGACGAGCAGAAGUGCGAAGAACAAACCUUCCCGCUGGCUGUUAAUUUCUUCGAUCGGUUUCUCUGUGCCUGUGCGAUCGAUCGCUACCACCUGCAACUGCUCGGCUGCUGUGCGCUCCUGUUGGCCUCCAAGAUCCGCCAGUGCCAUCCGCUGACGGUGGAUGUGCUCAGCGCCUACACCGACCAUGCCGUCUCGCCGGAUCAGAUUCGGAGUUGGGAGCUUCUGUUGAUCAGCAAGCUCGGCUGGAACAUCACCGCUGUGACGGCAUUCGACUACGUCGAUCAGAUCCUGGAACGCGCCAAAUGGGGCUCCGAUGACUCCCGGCUACGAGAACACGCACACACCCUAAUCCACGUUUGCAGUACCGAAACCAUCUUCAUGCAGCUUGAACCCUCCCUGCUUGCGGCGGCCUGUAUUGCCUCCGCCACUCGGGGUCUCAAUGUGUCCACCAAAAUGGCCGUUGGGUAUGAUCUGUGCCGGCUAACAAUGCACGAUCUGGCCAAGAUUGAUUUCAUCGUCAAAAUCAUCGAGGAGAUCGUUGCCAAGGAGAUUGCCGACAAACAGAUGCAACAACAGCAACAGAUGGCAGCCACGGCCGGAAGCUGCAAGGAUCAGUACCAACAGGCACCCCAGAAGGUCAGCUCCGUGGGAAGCGCCAAUGCUCAGCAGCCUGCCGCACAGCAACAACCUGAAACGCCCACCGAUGUGCAGUUUAUCUACUUCUAGAACACCGGCGCUGCAAUCGCGGGAUAAGGCGGGAUCUUUUAAGGGGCUGCUGUUGAGUAUUUUUAUUGCCUUUAUCUGAUUCUAAAACUGUUGAAAUUUCCUUUUUUUUAUCUCUAUUGGUCAAUAGUCGUAAGCCAAGUGGCGAAGGAACCAUUUUUUUGUAUCUUCGCUACAAAAAAUCUGCCAAAAAUAGCAACGAAUAGCAUCUAAGCAUGUCGAUUUGGGUGCAAAUUUUUAUUUUGUUUUCAGAAAUAGGAAUGCCGACGCUAUUCGUCAUCCGCCCAACGGUUGUAAAGUUUUGAUUUACACUGAUUUUGUAUUCUAAUUUUAAGGGAACAACAGUGCCAUCUAUCAUACACUUUACCCUACCCCACGCGUCAAUUUUGACGUUUCCAAACUUUGACGGCUAAUUUUUACAGAUGGCUUAACUGAUUUUGUACAUAUUAUUUACACAUUGAAAGAUAUUUUUUUGAUGAAAUAUACUAAAGCGCUCGAUUUUUCGAAAGCAACACAAAUUUUCAACUUGUUCCAUAACUAUAGCAGUUUAUUGUUUAUACUCUUUCUUUCGAAAUAGUUUGAAUAUUCACACUCUUGAAGUUUCUGAAUUCUAUUGUUUUCUUUGAUUUUCCUCUAUAUCCAAUUGCAGUAUUCCAAACAUGAGAAAGACUCACAUAGUUUAAAGUUUAUUUAAUGUAAGAUAUCUACAAAGGAAAGUUUGUUAAAUUAUUUAUUUAUAUCUACCAACUAGACGCGAUAUCUUUUCCCUGCAAGCCAGGGAAGCGAAGAAAGCCUAGUUUGUAAUCCAUGCCACCAGCGAAACGAUCCUCUCUAAGCAGUAAGAAAAAAAUGUAGGUUUAUUAAGAAGGAAAAAAACAAAACAAAAAGAUUAGCGUAUAAAACUGCCAAAGAUUAUCUAGAGUAGGAGAACAGCCAGCAUUCCAGGAGCCAUAUUUUUGCAGCAUAAACACACACACACAUACAAAUAAUACGAUCAUUUAAGCCACGUUUAUUGGGGACCAGCGAUCGAUCUCAUUAAAAUUAAUUGAAUUGUACAAAAAAUGUGAGUUAAGAGUAAGCUAAGACGAGCUGUAAAUAUAGGAGAAACCCAACAGUUGCCUGCAUUGCGAACAAGUGCUACUUAAACGAAGACAAAAGACAAGUUUUGAUAAAAGCUAGGGAAAAGUUGAAGGUUAUGCAUUUUUUUACCAAUUGAACUUUUUCUAAAACUUUUUGCAACUAUUUUUUUGUAACUGCGCUAUUAACUGUUAAUCUAGUCUUAAAUAAGAGAAAUUUAUAUUAAUUUAUACACAAAAUUUAAAUAAAACAAUUAUCGGAAAAAAAGGAUACUUAUUGUCAAAAAAGGCGUAUUUAAGUUAUUGUUUUGGAUGAUAUGGAGAAAUUUCGCUGUAAUCGUUGAUAUAGUACCGUUGAGCGCAAGUCAAUGCUUCUCGAAUACUGACUGAGGCCUGAGUGUAAA